AUGAGUACUGCUCUAUUCUUUCCGGCUGUGCCCCAGGACUUUGCCAAUCCCCUUGUUCGGAAAGAUCUUACCCUGUAUCCGGAAAUCACCAACACAGUGGCGGAAGUGUGGCAGGCAGAGAAAUACCUCAAAGAGAUUGACAUAGAUGGUCUCUCCCCCAUGUGGGCCAACUGGGCGCAGGCUCCAAAUAAUCAUUUCUAUGUGAAAGAAAUUGCCCAGCGUCGAGAUGGGGAUUAUGUGCUUGCCCUCAAAUGGGUUAUUUAUCAACAGCAAGUUCACGUUGAGGCUUAUUGGAUCUCUCAAGAGCAACCGUCUGGUAUUUUUGCCCUGGAGGAUCAUGAGACCAUUCGAUUCCCUGCAACAGAUUUAGCAAAAAAUUAUCUCGAGAUUUCAUGUUCUGUUCAUGUUCAAUUUUUUGGUGAUACAUCUCCUGGUCCCAAGCAUCCAAUCGCAGGGGGAAGGCCCGUCUUCGUAGUGCGAAUCAUCCCAUGGGCAGACGAUGUUUCAGGGAACCGCAGCAAACAGUACAACGCACACCAGAAUGUCUAUUUGGCCAAUGCAAAUCUGCCGUUCAAGAAUCUCAUGCAAGAAUAUAAUAUCCGAUUUUGUUCAACCUCUCCGGAUGCAUCAGCAGUCGAACUGCUCGAGGCUGUGGCAAGAGAUUGCCAGGAUGGGGCGUGGAACAUAGCUUAUGACAGCUUGCUCAAACAGGAGAUCCUCUUUUGGUUAGGCGUUCAUUUCUGGCCUGCCGAUAAUCCGCAACAGGCCAAGAUCACAUCAACUAUGGGCUCCAUUCCGAACGCUUGGUGUAGGCAAGACAAGGGUGGUGGUUCCAAGUCACACCGUGAGUCAAACGAAGGUUAUCAUGCAUUAUAUUCGCCUGGUCCGCCUCGAAUGGCAUCCGAGACUGUCAAUCAAAUCACCAAACAGAUUCAAAUGGCAUGCCGCGGUGUCAUGGCAAAUGUUGAGGCUCUGCAAACUGAGAGUGGUAUCAAAGAUAAGAUCACUCAACAUUGGACCCCAAUCUUGGUCGCUAAAGCAAAGAGCAUUCAGAAAAUUCGAGUUAUCACUCCGGCCACCAGAGAUCAGCGCCUGAGUGAUUUGAAGAUCAAAGGCGAGGCUCGAGAGGUCAUCAAAUCAUCUAUAAUCAUGGAGAUCGAAGAAGAGGUGUUCCGCUGGUUCCUUACACAACCUCCUGACCGAUAUCAACUGUUGUCUGACAAAACUCGUUCUGCUCUUAAAUUGCGUGCGGGCGAUCAUUUCAACGCAGUACUCCAGAUUACUGGUGCCAUUGCUCAACAUGACACACCGCCAGAAAUAUUACACACCAUCCUCCUCGGCAAUGACAAAUACAUCUGGCACAAAACCUCCAAGAAAUGGUCGGAUGACGAAGGAUCUUUGUUUGCUCAUCGCCUACAAGCUGCCAGUGUUGACGGCUUGACCAUCCCGGCGCUCAAAUCCCAUUACAUGAUCAAGUAUAAAAACUCGUUGAUUGGAAAACACUUGAAGUCUCUACAGCAGCUGUCGAUCUUUCAGCUGGAUUCCCAGCUCUGCUCUGGAGAACUUUUUGAUCUAUGGAACGCUGCAGGCCAUCUGGGCGCCUUGCUCUGGUAUCCCGAAAUUCGUGACAUGGAUCAAUACUCGACAACGUGCUGGAUUGCUGGGCCUGUGUUGAUCCCGGCAGAAUCACGUAUAAAUACAAACUCCACGUUCUCACCCAUUUGCCGGAAGCCAUUCGUCGAUUUGGCCCAGCGACGCGUUUUUGCGACCGAGAUCUUUGAAUGCUGGAACGCAAUAUUCCGCUUCUGCAGCAUUCUGUCGAAUCACCAAGCCCCCAGUCGAGAUAUUGCCAACACUUUAGCUGACAUGGAGCGUUUCAAGCACCAAGUUAGCGGCGGUUGGUGGAAGGAUUCUGGUGUCGAAAAUGAUCGGGAUUUUGAUGGAUUGGACAACGAGCCAGCGGCUCAUGCCACCGAAUUCACGGGGAAGAAGUGGACUCGUGCCGGGCCUCAAGUUUUACAAUUCAUGAAGAAGAAUCGGCAGUUACAGCGGCGGCUGGGAUGGACUCAGGAAGUCCACGAGAAACCUGGUUCUUGCAAGCCGGUCUCCAAAAACAAACGCCACCCCGAGCUCUGGACCAUUAUCGUUUGUCAAGUAGUUGUGGAUUUCAACUGUGACUGGGUGUCCGUGAUCGAGCCAGAUGAGACAUCUCCUCGCUUGACAUGGACUGACUGCAAAUACGUGGUUGCAAAAUCAACUGAUUUGUGCUUUGUGGGGCCAUGGAUAUUUUAUUCGGACUCUGAUGAUCCCAAGGCACCGGCGUCAGUUGCCAGAAUUGUACGAAUUCUCACACUGACAACAGAUGUCGGAGCCCGCGAGCCUCGAAUAGCAUUGAUUGUCCAGAUGUUCUUCAUCUCGGGCACCUCGGAUCAAAAGUUCAAGAUGCCGCUUUCGAUUGCUCAGCUUCCCGCUGAGCCUCAUCCGGUCGACUCGGUGGGACGGGAUACCCCAAUUUCCGGCCCCCAGAGCUGCACCAAGAUCAUUUCUGUAUCGGUAAGUUGCCCAAACCAAAUCGAUUGUUUUAUUCUUAUAUUGUGCAUCCAAAAGGGCAUCCUCUUCAAGUUCAACGCUCAGCACGACUGUCAAAAUCUUUUGUGCGCCAUUGAGACUCGACCUGACCCGGAUCAACGGACUGGAAGCCGGAAAGUCCUGGUGCAUAAAGAGACCAGCCGCUUUCUCAUCAACAUGCAUGCCUUGCACAACGUGCAUCUUCUGCGCGAGAUGCUUCCCCGGCAUCUCACCAUGCCGGAGCGUUAUUACACAGAAAUUGAGGCUUGCAUUGCGGCACAGGAUGAAGCCGCCGCUGUGCUUCAGAAGAUAGGCCCGGAAAAGUGCGCACAAGCAACGGCAAGAUCACAAGCAACGAGGGAGAAGAACUCAAGGAAGAGGAAGGGAGGGGAGGUGGCCACUGAAGACACGGAGGGUAUCGGUGGUGUUACCGCUGCAGGCAACAAUGAGUCAAAUAACAGCGCUCAGGCAGCUGUGGCCAUGGAAGGUCUCGCAGAUUAA